UUUUCUGGUUACCUUGUAAUCAAAUGUAUACUAAUUUGAAAAAAGUUUUUCUGCUAGAAAUAAAAGUAAUCACAUUCUGGACGUGAGCUCUCAUUAUCGCUCAGUCUCUUCACACUCGCGGACGCCAAUCACCACAUCCCCAGACAUGUUGUCACCGAGUCUUUACAGUGUCUGCAAUCGGAAGCAACUCUUUUUAGAGCAAGAGAUUAAGAAUUCAUUUGCAAAUAAUAAUAAGAGAAAGUCAUUAGUACUUCAACUCAUUCGCGACGGAAACACACAUUCGUUGAUAAAUGCCAUGAAAUCGACGGAACAACUCGAGUAUAAGAAAGUAAUUAAAGAGGAUUCCGACGAUUCCGAGGAAAUCGUGAGAUUCUGUAAAACCAAACUCAAAGACGAACCGAAUCUCAUAUCCAGAAGAAUGAUUCGUUUGGGAAACUCAUGUGAAUCCAAUGGAAUAAGAAUCAUGUCGUGGAAUAUAUGCUCAGAAGCAUUGGCCAUUCAUUACGACCGGUUCGACACCAUCGAUGCCGAAGACCUAUACUGGUCUAAGAGGCGAUGGAAACUCGUAGCGGAGGUCCUCUCGUACUCUCCAAUCGACAUAAUCUGUAUGCAAGAGGUCGAUUGCUUUGAUUACUUAAUGGAAAUACUGAGUCGACUGGGCUAUGGGGGCAUAUUUGUUCCCAAACCGGACUCCCCCUGCAAUUACAUGGAGAACAAUUGCGGACCCGACGGGUGCGCUAUAUUCUGGAAACUCAAUCGAUUGGAUCUGAUUAAGUAUUCAAAGAGAAUAUUACGGGUUUAUAAGUAUCAGACAAAUCAAGUGGUCCUUUGCGCCACAUUCAGACACAGAGAAUCGGACCGCGAGUUAUGUGUGGCCACCACUCACCUCAAAGCUAGAAGGGGUCCUAUUUUAUCGGCAUUCCGUUAUGAACAGGGAAAGGAUUUAAUGAAAUAUUUAGUGAAAAAGGCGAAAAACAUACCGUUAGUAUUGAGCGGAGACUUCAACGCCGAGCCCAACGAAUUGGUAUAUAAGACAAUAUCGUCGCGAAUGGUGUCCGCCUAUAAGGAAGGCCUCAAAGAAGAGCCGUCGUUCACGACUUGGACUAAACGCGAGUCCGAGAAAGAGAUGAAACGAACUCUCGAUUAUAUAUUCUUCACGAAAACUCACUUCAAAGUAUCAUCGGUUUUGUCGCUGGAGAGCCAACACUUGACAAAACCAAUUCCUAACCUUAACUACCCGUCGGAUCACCUGUCAUUAGUUACUCACUUGAAUUUCAUUGACAAA